AUGUUGAGGUUGCACCACGCGGUGCGGCUGCGGCUCCUCGCCCAGCGGGUGAGUGUUGCUGGGGUCAUUUCUCCCUCCAAUUGUGGGAUGGCCCUACACGCCUUGCGACAGCUUGGCGCCUGCAACGCGCAUGACCGCGAGCUCCUGAGGCGAGUCGACGAGGUCUACCUGCAGGCUGACCUCCGUUCUCGCGCCAACAUGUUUCAUUGCCUGGCAUGCUGCAUCCGUGAGCAGCACUCCGUCCACGCGGGGCUACCCAAGUCGCUGCCUCCGUUAUUGGCGAAGAUGCAGGGGAGUAUGCUAGGCGACGUGGAUGAGCUUUCCCCUACGGAGUGCAUUUUAGUAAUGGAGGGGGUUCUGAAGUUGACGCCCUACCGCUGUGCCACGCCGCAGUUGGCCGCUGUGCUUCGCACCCGCUCAGCCGCGCUUGUCGACGUCGUGAGCAACCCCGUUGAGCUCAUCGGCAUCGCCCGCAUUAUUGUGGAGGCGAUGCAGGAGCCUCGCCCCUGCGCCGCGGGGGAUGAUGACGCGCAGGCGGGGGCGGACCACCUGCAUCCCGGGUGGUCGCAGGAGCUUCGUGAGAUUAGUGGGACGAUUGAGUCGCGCCUAGACUCGUUUGGCAAGCAGGAUCUGCUGACGCUGGUGGACGCCGUCACGCCCCGCGUUGCGCCGAGGACGCCAAAAGCAGCUCUGGCGAGGGAGAAUGCAGAGCGGGGUUCGGGCGAUCGGGCGAUCCGCGAUGUACCCGACGAGUGUCGGUCCCUAUUGUUGCGGGUGCUGAGUAGCACGAGGCGGCGGGUCACGACACUGUCCCCGUCACAGGUGAGUGCUUGGCUGUUUCGUGUUGUGUGUCUCCAUCGGCAGCACCACCCGCUCUUCCUGUCUCUUCUGCAGCAGCUGGAUGAUGAGCAGGUGCGGUCCGCCAUGUCAGCCUCACAGCUGUCGACGUGCAUUGAAUCUCUCGCGGAGACGUUGCGUGCUUGCCACGAAGAAAACACGUUGAGUCACACAGAUCUGCAGUUUGUCUCACGUGUUGUAGCGAAGCUCCUGGAAACAUUGGUCUCUUCGCUGGAGAAGACAGGAGGGUCUAGCCAAGAUUGCUCGGUGUACCUUGUACCUGCGACGCUCGCGCUAUCGGAGGAAGUCGUGUCCGGGCGGUUGGCGCUUUCAAGCCCAUUGAUGGAGCGUUUGUUCCGUAUGCUGUACUGCCACUUUGAGACGCUCAAGCCGCGAGAGCGUGCGGAUGUCGUGACUGCCGUGUUCCUCUGGGGUCUGCUAAGGCAGGCACCCACACAGCGGCGGGAGCAGCGGCGGGAUCAGCGGCGGGAUCUUGACUUGCCGCAAAGCGGUGCGGGGGAUGUGUGCUCCCCGGCUUUGUGGUGUAACGCCGUGUUGGCCAACGUUGACGCCUACAACGCCUUGGAUGCGCUGCAGCUCAUGAAUGAGGUCUCCGCCGCCGUGUAUGCGGAGGGGGCCGAGGGUGGUGCGGGCAGCAACUACAAUCUAUCGCUAGUUCGGCCCAUGCUGCUGCGGCUGCACGAACGGCUGCAGGGGAUGCAGGGGGACCUUCACGAGGUUCCGUCCUCCUGCCUCGCCCGUUACUUGGCGUCCAUGUCCAAGUUGGGGCUGCGCCGCAAGGCAGACUACUAUAGUGUGCUGAACAUUCUGCAGCAGCGCGAGCUGACAGACUUUGAGGGUCUCCGGGUGCUUGGCGUUGUGGCACGUCACCACUUGCGCGCUGUGCCGCUGAUCACGCAUACGGUGCGUUCUCUUCCCCGCCUUGCCUCCGCGCUGCAUCCGAAGCAGAAGUGCCUCCUCCUGAAGUGCCUUGGACAGGUGCGGGCGCAGCGCUUUGUGCAGGCACCGCACCACCGCUCUUUGGCCCUUGGGGCAUUUUUGACACGUGACGAGGUGGCGAAGGAGAUUUCGGUGCUGAGCGCCAUAUUUGCCCUGGUGGGUCUCGUGGAUCUGCGACAAUUUGAGAACGAAACUAUCGAUUGCCUCCUUCAAGGCCCGCUUUCCCGGCACGACGAGUUUGCCGAAGUCCGUUCCCCAACGACACUCAGUGAGCUUGUGGCCGCGCUGUGCCGUCUCGACCGACGUCGGGUGCGGACGGCGACGGUACAGGCCGCUCUGAAGGCGGCUGCGGGCCCGUUGGCGACCUCACGGAGCUUUUUUGUGGACCUGGCGGACGUUUCCUUCUGGCUGCGGUUGGUGCAGGGGCGGCCUUCUUUGGGGCCUGACGUGGUUGACGGGGACCGGCCCCGCCGCAGUGACGAGGAAGCGGCGGACUACGCGGUAGCCGUAGCAAACUACGUCUCUGCGGCGGCCGCGAUCGCCAAAACACGCCUCCUGGACAUCGCUGGCUCGAAUGCCCUAAAGCCCAACACGUUCCUCUUCAGCCAGCUGGCGAUAGGCUACCGAUUAGGCGUGUCUCUGCCGCGCACGAGUGAGAGGCUGCUCUCGUGCCAUCUGGACACGAAGCACCUUCCGCAGCUUCUCAGCGACCCACGGCAGGUGAUAGGCGCCGUGACAACUGCCCGUCAUAUUUGGACUUUCAACCCCGGCGCCGCAGCGGAGGUGUUUCGUUUUGCCGAGAAGAACUUCGGCUCGUUGGGCGCACAGGAGGUCCUGUUGCUGGGCGUAGAAAUGACCGAGGCGUUGCAUGACGCGGAAGCGUCAGCAGGGCAGGCAGUGGAGCUCAUGCGUCGGCUGCAAACGCUGUCGCGGCAGAGCUUGAGCGAUGCAGCUCGUCGGAAGAAGUUGAGCGUGCAGGAGCUGGCGCUUGGCGCUCGUUACGGUGCUGUGGCGGAGGACUCCGUCCCCUCCGCUCCCCGUUGA